AUGAAAUUGCUAAUUAUAGCAAUAGCAUUGCUAUUUUAUGUGGCUAAAAGUGUGGAAGACAAUUGUAAUAAUAAUAAAGGCAACAAUAAGUGGUUGACAUCAGUAAGAAAUUUGAAAAAGGAUUCUGUUAAAAACAUAACUUUGGCAUAUUUUCAAUACCAUGGUGUACGCAGUUUAAACUUGAUAGUAUGUCCGGCUGAAAACACAGCUCCAAAAAUUUCAUCAAUAGUUUUAUUUUAUAUGGAACAUAAUCUACCAGUACGUGUUUGGUCGGGUGAGGAUUAUUUAUCCGAAAUGCCCAAGCGUGAGGUGUUUGGUCCACCUAUAACUUUUCGUGAGAUUAAAAAUGAUACCCAUCGACGUCCUUUAAAACUUAAGCUCGAACCUUUGGCCCAUAAAACGGGAGUAAUUUUGAUGGAUUUCAAUACACCCUGUGCUUUGAAUGUUUUACGUUGGUCGGCUGCCUCGGAAAAUAACUAUUUCAAAACCAAUAGCUUUUGGUUGCUGAUAACAAAAGAUAUCGCAGAUUUAAAGGCUUUAGAAGAUGAGGAUAUUUUCUUGCCACCCGAUAGUGAAGUAAAAGUUUUAGUAGAGGAAGUAAAUAAGAGAUUUUCUCUAGUGGAUGUCUAUAAAGUUGCAGCCUUUAAACCUUUAAAGCAUAACAUUGUAGUGGGAAACUUUUCGGAUGUACAGGAAAUGAGCAAAGCUUUAAGUUCCUAUGGUUCUGUUAUUUCCCUGAGAGAAGAUUUGGAGGGUAUUGUUUUUAAUACCGGUUUAGUGAUCAAUUUUCCCGAUAUGUUUACCGAUAUAGAAGAUUUAUCUUUAAGACAUAUUGACACCAUGGCCAAGGUUACUAAUCGUUUAGUGGUGGAUAUGGCCAGGAAAUUAAAUUUGAGAUUUAAUACUUAUCAAACUGACAACUAUGGCUGGCAUAAACCCAAUGGCUCUUUUAGUGGUUUAAUGGGUCGUUUUCAACGUUAUGAAUUGGAUUUUGGCCAAAUGGCUUUUUUCAUGCGUUUAGAUCGCACUAAAGUGUGUAAUUUUCUAGUAGAAACUUUUCGCAUAAGAGCGGGUAUAAUGUUUAGACAGCCUCCUUUGUCCUCGGUGGCCAAUAUUUUUACCAUGCCCUUUGAUAUUAAGGUAUGGAUUUGUUUGAUUAUAUUGGUAGUGGUUACAAUUUGUGUAUUCGCCUUGGAAUUGGCUUUGUCACCGCAUACCCAUGAAAUGCAUUACUGGGAUUGUGCCAUCUUUGUUUGGGGUGCUAUGUGUCAACAGGGUUUCUAUGGUUCGGUUUCUAAUCUUUCAGCUCGUAUUAUAAUUUUCACCACUUUCGUGGCCACCUUAUUUCUGUUUAUUUCUUUUUCUGCCAAUAUAGUGGCUUUAUUACAAAGUCCUUCAGAAGCCAUACGUACUUUAAGUGAUUUGAGUCAUUCUUCUUUGGAACUAGGGGUAAUGGAUACGGUAUACAAUAGAGUGUUUCUGAAUGAAUCUACUGAUCCGGUGACUAGAUAUUUGUAUCGCAAGAAAAUUUUACCCAAAGGUGAGAGUAUAUAUAUGAGUCCCGCAGCUGGCAUUAACAAAAUGCGCUAUGAAACCUUUGCCUUUCAAGUGGAGCUACAAACUGGCUAUCAAAUUAUAAGCGAUACUUUUAGUGAACCAGAGAAAUGUGGUCUUAAGGAAAUGGAACCUUAUAAAUUACCCAUGAUAGCAGUGCCUACACGCAAGAAUUUUCCCUAUAAGGAGUUAUUUAGGAGACAAUUAAGAUGGCAACGUGAGGUGGGUCUUAUGAAUCGUGAAGAAAUGAAAUGGUUUACCCAAAGACCCAAAUGUGAAGGUUUGGGCCGUUUUGUUUCGAUUGGUUUAAAGGAGUGCCGUUAUGCUUGGGCUGUUUUAGGUUGGGGUUGUCUAUUUGCUUUGAUCGCCCUGGGCUGUGAAUUGCUUGUGAAGAACAAUCAAGAGUUGCAAGGGGUAGGAAAAAGUGUUUUAAUGCAAGACAUUAUGCUGGCAUAUUUUCGUUAUCAUGGAGUACAUAGUUUGAACAUUAUAAGAUGUCCUUCAAAUGAAACUUCAACUCUUAAACUUUCCUCUUUGGCCUGGUUUUUCUUAAAACACAACAUGCUGCUGCAUGUUUGGUGGGGUAGGGAUUAUUUACAGGAAAUGCCUGAGCCACCCUUAUAUGGUCCUGCUAAUACAUUUAAAGUUUUUUCAAAUGACACUUAUCGUCGUCCUUUAAAGUUUAAAUUAGAACCUUUGGCUCAUAAAACGGGUGUGCUAUUAAUGGAUUUCAAUACUCCCUGUGGUUUGAAUGUUUUACGAUGGUCUGCUGCCUCGGAAAAUAAUUAUUUUACAACUAAUAAAUUUUGGCUAUUGACAACCAAACAUUUCUCGGAUUUGACAGCACUAAAUGAUGAGGAUAUAUUUUUACCCCCCGAUGGAGAAGUUAAAGUUUUAGUAAAAGAUCCAGAGAAAGGAAGAUAUUCCCUUUUGGAUGUUUAUAAAGUAGCCGCCUUUAAGCCACUCAAACUUAAUUUUGUGCUACAGAAUUUUAACGAAGUUAAAAAUAUGUUAAAAGCCUUAAAAAACUAUGGUUCGGUAAUAUCUUUAAGAGAGAAUUUGGAGAAUAUAACUUUUAAUACCGCCAUGGUAAUAGCCUUUCCCGAUAUGUUUACCAAUAUAGAAGAUUUGAGUAUGCGUCAUAUUGAUACCAUUUCCAAGGUUAACAAUCGUUUGACCAUAGAACUGGCCAAUCAAUUAAAUAUGCAUUUUAAUACUCACCAAACCGACAACUAUGGCUGGCAUCAACCCAAUGGUUCUUUUGAUGGUCUUAUGGGUCAAUUUCAACGUUAUGAAAUGGAUUUUGCUCAAUUGGCCAUUUUUAUGCGUUUGGAUCGUAUGGCUUUAUGUGAUUUUGUGGCGGAAACUUUUCGUGUUCGCGCUGGCGUUAUGUUUAGACAGCCUCCUUUGUCAGCAGUGGCCAAUAUAUUUGCCAUGCCUUUUGAGAAUGAUGUUUGGAUUUCUUUGGUAGUUUUAGUUAUUGUUACCAUUUGUCUAUUUGCUUUGGAGUUAUUAUUUUCUCCGUAUAACCAUCAAAUGGAUUAUUUGGAUUGUGCUGUUUUUGUUUGGGGUGCCAUGUGCCAGCAGGGUUUUUAUGUGGCGGUGGGUAAUUGUUCGGCUCGUAUUAUAAUUUUUACCACUUUUGUGGCUACUUUAUUUUUGUUUACCUCAUUUUCUGCUAAUAUUGUGGCUCUAUUGCAAAGUCCUUCGGAAGCUAUACAUACUUUAAAGGAUUUAAGUCAAUCUCCCUUGGAAAUUGGUGUACAGGAUACAGUCUAUAAUAAAAUAUAUUUUACUGUAAGUUAG